AUGCUCCAAGUGUGCUCCAAGUUUGUGCCUGCGCUGGCGGCGACGCACACACUGCUUGCUGCGGCCGGAGUGCUGGCAGCUGGCUCGCUGCUGCCGCCAUCGUGGCUCGCAGCUGCUGCCGCGACUGCGGCCCAGCCAGCACCAGAGUUCCCUCUGCUGGUCAGCCCAGAGUUGCUCAAGCAGAACCUGGGGGAGGUGAAGCUGCUGGACGCGGCCUGGCACUUAGGGUCUCCAGGCCAGGGCGCGGCCGACUUCCAGCGCGAGCGUAUCCCUGGCGCCCGCUUCUUCGACCUGGACCUCAUCGCCGACACAAGCACCGGGUUGCAGAGCAUGCUGCCCGGCACCGCUGCCUUUGAUGCCGCCGCCGACGCGCUGCGCGUGACUCCCGCCAGCGUGGUGGUGGUGUACGACCACGGUGGGCUUCUCACAGCGCCUCGCGCCUGGUGGACAUGGCACGUGCUCGGGCACAGGAGGGUGGCGGUGCUGGACGGCGGCCUUGCAGGCUGGAAAGCUGCGCGCGGCGAGGUGGACACAUCGCCCGUGAGCGCGCAGCUGGUGGCGGCACCCGCGGACUCCAUGCGGCGCGCCCCCUUGCGCAGGCCUCGGUACCGUGCGCACCUGCGGGCGGGGGAGGUGCGCGACUGGCGGGCCAUGCUGGCAAACGUGGAGAGCCGGGAGGAGCAGGUCGUGGAUGCCCGGCCCUCUGCAAAGUAUCGUGGCGACAUGCCGGAGGGCGGCGGCCUGCGAGCGGGCCACAUCCCGGGGGCCCUCAACCUGCCAGUCCAGGGCCUGCUGCGGGGUGGAAAGUUCCGCUCCCCUGAAGAGCUGCGCGCCGUGUUUGGCAGCGCUGACGUCGACCUCAGCCGGCCGCUGGUGGCAUACUGCGCCACCGGCAUCAUGGCGAGCGCUGUGGUCCUGGCGGCAAGGCUGGCGGCGCCAGACGGCGGCGGCGCGGCUACCGCGGUGUACGACGGCAGCUGGCAGGAGUGGGGCGGCCUGGCUGGGGCGCCCGUCGCCACUUGCCCUCCGCCAUUCCUGGCCGACCCCUUGCUGCUGGUGUGA